AUGAAGUCAAAUAUUGUUGCUGGACCUGUCACUUUACAGGCCUUACUUCUGUCGGCUGCCUUUGCUUCCCCAGCUCCAACUGCCUUUGCCAACGCCAAUGAUGUCGCCCCGAACGAACCAAUAAUCACAGCUACCCCCGUUCAAAACAAUCCCUCCCAAGUCAUUCAAAGAGACAUUAUCAGUGACGUUGAGUCAGGAGUUGACAGCGUUGUUUCUGGGCUCGGAUCUGAUAUCCCAACAUGGGUCGCAUCCGGAGUUCCCAAUUUCUUCCAAGGUUUCCCAACUGGAGAUUCAGUUGUGAGCUCUCUAGGAUUGAAUAGCGCGGAGUUAAAAGCAUUGCCAACCAAUGUGCUGAAUAUCGACCCAUAUGCCAAUUGGACCAACUCCGGCUGGAGUGUUCGCUUCCACGGAAAUGUUUACAAGCAGCCUAACACAUCUGUUCAUGACUUGAAUAAGCUGGCCGAUGUUUUCCUUGUCAACACUAGUAUUUCCGAUCUCCCCGAGUCCCAGCAAGAACAGGCCCGAAACCUGACUGCCGAGAUUUUCGUCGUUCAGCAGCCGAACGUUGCUGUCAACACAAUCCACCUUGAGCCUGCAGAAAGUCAAGGUUCUAGUGGACAGCCAGGCGGUGGUGGCUCAUCGAAUACCACAGGUGGUACACAGGAUAUUACUUUGCCUUACAACACAACCGUCGAGGGUGAUUUCGAUACCUUUGUUCCAAUCGAUAGCAACGGGUUGGACGCAGGAAAUGAGACCUCGAAAAUCCAGAGACUCAACACAUACGUCGAGGGUGCAUCGAUCGGUAACGGAACAGCCUAUCUUGUACCCCCAACAGGUUUGACCAUCAUUUCCGAUAUCGAUGAUAUUUUGCGGGUCACCAAGAUCUACGAGCCAGAGCAAGGUCUUCUCAAUUCUUUCGCCCGCCCCUUUACCGCUUGGGAGAACAUGCCCGAUAUUUAUCGCAACUGGUCCACAAGUCUUCCCAACAUGCACUUCCAUUACCUUACCACUACCCCAGAGCAAAUCACCCGAAACUACAUGCAAUUCAUCUACACCAACUACCCCGGCGGCUCCUUCGACACCCGCCCUCUCAACUUCAGCGACGUCUCCGCCACUCUAUCGAUCCGCAAGUUCCUCCUCCAGAAGGUCUUCGAAACAUUCCCCGAACGCAAAUUUAUCCUUAUCGCAGAUACCAGCAACAGCGAUGUCAUGAAGGACUACCCCGAAAUGGCUACCGAUUUCCCUGGCCAAGUGCAAUGUAUCUUCCUUCGCAAUACCUCUGCAACUGAUUCUGGUGACAAGUUCCCGUACGAUACAUCUGGAUUCAAAAACUUGAACCAGUCUUCAUACAUGUUCUUCGUGAAUGCGGAUGACCUGACAAAUCUGGAUAUUGCCAAUGGACAAUGCUAUAACCAGUCCAUUCCCCAGAAUUUGACAUUUGGAUACCAAGGUCUACCUGGAGCUAGCCCGACAUCAGUGAAUGGAUCUGCAACACACACUGCAUCUGCGAAAGGAGCUGCUACUGGGGCUUUGUUGAAGGAAGGAAGUUGGCUGUAUACUCUUCUUCCUUUGGUUGCCACACUUCUUGCGGGUGUGUUCAUGAUGUUGUAG